UUGUUCCCAAAGGCUCUUUUCUUUUUGCUGCCAGUCUCCAUGACGGACCAAGCGGGCUCUUCAUCUUCUCACCUGGAAAUACACUCGAAGAAGACGAUUAUGACCUAAUGAACGGCGCCGAAUCAGGAUGGGUGGAACCUAAAACGCACUGUGAUCACUUGGCUUCUUUAUCCUCCGAUCUCGCUCACAUCCCAAUCCCUAGCACUCCUUGCAACAGGUGCCAGCACCCAAGUGAGAAUUGGUUAUGCUUGUCCUGCAAAGUUGUGCUUUGUAGCCGUUUCGUGAAUAAGCAUAUGCUCGAGCAUUAUAAGCAAACGACCCAUUGUGUAGCACUCAGCUAUAGUGACCUUUCAGUUUGGUGUUUCGCUUGCGAUUCGUAUCUCGAUGUUCAUUCGAUUCAGCAGCUGCGACCUGUUCAUGAGACAGCUUACAUACUGAAAUUCGAUGAAGCCCCUCCUUUACAGUCUGUUGAAUCUUCUAGGACGGAAGAUAAACCACCGGCCAGGGAUAUGCCAUCAAGCAGUUGAAUCUGGUAUGGUUUUCACAGAUAGGCUAGUCUGGAUUGAAUCAAAGGUUUCAUAUCAUCAGUUGUUAAAAUUGAGUACUUUUCUAGGUGAAUUUAAUCAUAUAUUUCGUUAUAUGCGGAUUGAUCAUAGACC